AAUGUUUUUAAAGUUUACUGUACUCUGUGUCCUUUUGGGACUAGUUUCCCUGUCUGCGGGAUACGUGAUAACUCCAAACAUUGUCGAUGGAGUUCCUGAAUCCCUGGAUAUAGCGACAGCUCCUUUCAUAAAAAUUGGAGAAAAUUAUUACUUAAUUGAAACAAAGCGCGCUAAUUGGUUUGAUGCUUUCGAAUCUUGUAGGCAAAAGGAAGCUGAUUUGGUAGCGUUUGAAAGCUUAGAGGAAUUGCAACUUGUAUCCCAAUACAUUAUUAACAACAAUUUGACUGCAUUCUAUUGGACUUCGGGCACUGACUUGGCCAAACAGGAUGAACACGUUUGGUUUUCGAGUGGACAACCCGUGGCUUCGGAUUUAUGGCGCGAAGGAGAGCCAAAUAAUGCAAAUGAUGAGGAACACUGUGAUGACCUUAAAAUCCAACCCGAGAGAGGUGUGGGUCUAAAUGACAAGAAAUGCUCUAUCAAAGGCCCCUACAUUUGCAAGGCACCCCAGCCGAAAACAGCUUCCUUUAUCGUGUGGUAGACUUAUCGAGAUUGGAUUGUGACUCCCAACACCUACCAAUAGAAGAAACCUUGAAAUACAUUAUAAAAAAGGAGUCUUGAAAUUGAUUAAACAAAGUUCUAGAUGAAUUUCAGUAAUAGCUGCGACAUUUGCCUCCAAUACUAAUACCACAAAUAACCGAAAACUUGAAUGAUCUUUAUACCAAGGAAAGUGAAAGCUUGUUCAGUUAUAUUAUUUAUAAUACUUGAUUUGAUUUCUUAUCUACCAUAACAUGUUGUAACGACUUGCAGCAUGCUCACAUAUCGAAUGCACACUGUACUCAUUGUUAUUCCCUAAUAAAAGUACAAACACGGUUAGGUGACCACUCC